GUCUCGCAAUCAUAGCAUCCUUCCGUCAUGGCGUCUGUUUGGGCUAAAUCCGUUGUUAACCUGCAGUUCUUGGCUGUUAUUUUCUUCCUGCUGUUAUGUCUGCCACCGGGGGGAGGACAGAAGAAGAAAGAGAACCUGCUGUCAGAGAAAGUUGACCAGAUGAUGGAGUGGUCCUCUCGGCGUUCGGUUAUCCGGAUGAACGGGGACAAGUUCCGUCGUUUUGUCAAGGCUCCACCCAGGAACUACUCUGUCAUCGUCAUGUUCACUGCCCUGCAGCCUCAAAGGCAGUGUUCUGUCUGCAGGCAGGCGAAUGAGGAGUACCAGGUCCUGGCAAACUCAUGGCGGUACUCAUCUGCUUUCUCCAACAAGCUGUUCUUCACAGUAGUGGACUACGAUGAGGGAGCCGAUGUUUUCCAACAGUUGAACAUGAACAGUGCCCCAACCUUUAUGCAUUUCCCAGCAAAGGGAAAGCCAAAGAGGGCUGAUACAUUUGACCUGCAAAGGAUUGGCUUUGCCUCAGAGCAGCUGGCCAAGUGGAUUGCAGACCGCACAGAUGUUCAGAUCCGUGUCUUCCGUCCUCCUAAUUAUUCAGGGACUAUUGCUUUGGCACUUUUAGUGUCUCUGGUUGGAGGAUUGCUGUAUCUGAGGAGAAACAAUUUGGAAUUCAUAUACAACAAGACUGGAUGGGCCAUGGCUGCAUUGUGCGUGGUGUUUGCAAUGACAUCUGGUCAGAUGUGGAAUCACAUCAGAGGUCCUCCUUAUGCCCACAAAAACCCACAGAAUGGACAAGUGAGUUAUAUUCAUGGCAGCAGUCAGGCUCAGUUUGUGGCCGAGUCUCACAUCAUCCUCCUUCUGAAUGCUGCAAUCACCAUGGGGAUGGUGCUUCUCAACGAAGCUGCCACCUCCAAGGGAGAUGUUGGCAAGAGAAGGAUCAUCUGUCUGGUUGGCCUUGGCCUGGUGGUGUUUUUCUUUAGUUUCCUGCUCUCCAUCUUCAGGUCCAAGUACCAUGGAUACCCCUACAGCUUCCUUAUUAAGUGAAAAAAAAAAAAAAAACACAGCAGAGGCAGCCAGAAGAAGAUGGCGAAGAUGUGGUAGGUGAGAAGAAGAGGAGUUGAGAACAUACUUGAAGAGGAGGCAGUGUCACUACUGAGUCUAAAGUGCAUGGUCUGGUUACUAUUUGUGUAUGUGUUGUUUUUUUUGUUUUUGUUUUUUUAAUCAACUGCUACCAUUAAAUAUUCUAGCUGAAUAAGAAUUGGUUGUCCCUUCAUACACUGGAAAAUAAAGACAAGAUUUGGCA